CCACUAGAUGGAGGCCAUUUUACAAUGUGUCAGUCCAUGUGCAGUCUAAUAAUCUCCAGCCAUACAGAGGGGAGAACGAGCAACAAACAACAUCAAACAUCCAAACAGGAGAGAGGAGAUGAGAGAGGAAGUCUGUGAGACUCUAAAGACAACGUAAGACCAGAGUGUCUGGCAGUUUGAUUCAGUCACCAAUUAGAUCACUGAUCAUGGGAAUGCUGAGGAUAUUAAUGGCGUUUCUUCUUCACAUGGCUGCCACUCUGGCGGCUCCUGUGCCGUGUGAGGAGAAGGUGAUCCGUUUGGAAGCGGAGAUCCGGCGUCUGAUGAAGGUGAUCAAUGACCAGCAUCGCUACAUCCAGGAGCUCCACAACAGCCAGGUCCAGCAGCUGGAGAACAUACCCAACUCACACCUGGGCCCCGAGAACCUCUAUAGAGACUGCACUGAGGUGUUUGCGGACAGUAAUGUGGCCAGUGGGCUGUAUGUGAUACGUCCAGACGGCUCUCCCACUGCACUGAGCGUCUACUGUGACAUGAACAACGGAGGAGGAUGGACUGUCUUCCAGAGGAGGAAAGACGGCAAAGAGAGCUUUGACCGAGCCUGGGUGGAGUACAAGCAUGGAUUUGGAGACCUCUACUCACCCGAUGGAGAAUUCUGGCUGGGCAAUAAACCUCUACACGAUCUCACUUCACAAGGAAACUAUGACCUGCGGAUUGACAUGGAGGACUUUGAGGGAAAUCAGCGCUAUGCAGAGUACAAGAACUUCAAAGUGGAUGAUGAAAAGGACCAGUACCAGUUACAUAUGGGAAACUACACUGGGAAUGCAGGGGACGCCCUAGCUGACAUCCACGGCCGCCCCUCUGCCGGGAAGAAGUGGACUGGUCCAGGUAGUGGGGUCAAGUUCAGCACUUUUGACCAGCUGAAUGGUGUUGACGUGGAAAACGAUGCCAAGUGUAUUAGACACAGCAAGUCAGGGUGGUGGUUCAGCAGGUGCGAUUCAGGCAACUUGAAUGGUCACUACUACAAAGGGCCGUACCAAGCAAUGGCUGAUGAUGGGGUGGUGUGGUACACAUGGCACGGUUGGUGGUACUCCAUCAAAUCUGUGGUCAUGAUGGUACGAGCCGCUGACCUUGAGCAUCCGCCACCGGUCAGUGCACCGUUGCCGGAACAACUUGACCCCAGCAAAGCGGCAAGCGAAGCCAUUGACAUUUCUCAUGUUCAAUAGGCUAAGAGCAAGUGUGUACUUACUAGAGCUGAAAAUACACUUAAUUUACAUCCAUUGUAAGGUGUGAUAUUGAUGUUAACUGGGUGGAAUCAGUUUUAUCUCACUCACGUCCUGUACUCGCCUUUUUGACUUUUUCAAUAUUGAAAAUUAAACAAUGUUGCUUUGAUCUAAUCUCAUAUUUUAUUUAUUCUAUGUCCAAAAUAAAUCUGAACAUAGUGAAUUGAGACAAAAAGGGAACAUCUGAGGUUUUUCAGGACAGACACCAGACAGACAAAGUGAUUCCGUAAAAGAGAGUCUGGGAGUUUUCUCUGUGGAAAUGAUCACUGGCGGGUUUUCAUGUGACCCAAAAAUAGGACAGAUAUUAACUAGUUCAGUCUUGCUUUGUUUCCGUUUGGGCACAAGGUCAUUUAGAGGCUGUGUGUGUGUGUGUGUGUGUGUGUGUGUGUGUGUGUGUGUGUGUGUGUGUGUGUGUGUGUGUGUGUGUGUGUGUGUGUG